AUGCACCAUCGGCGAGGUAACCGUGGGGGCUAUCGUGGGAAUCAUCAUCACCACCACCACCAACAUAAUGCUACGCCUCCAAAACAGUUGUACGUGGAUACGGGACCGGAUGGAAGUGGAUUAGUUCCGAUUGGUUAUGCGCCACAAGCCAUAAUGGUCUAUCAGGAGUUUAUUCCAAACGAGGCAGCAGAACAGUCGGGUAUGAACGGGGACGGUUGGCAAGGACCACCUGGUGGCCGUGGAGGAUCACAUCAUAUGAAUGGUGGCGGUGGAAAUCGACGUGGCGGUUAUAAUAAUCAGCGAAUGCCACAGCAGCAUCAUGGCAAUAUGAAUCGAAUGAUGCCACCAGCGUUCCGCCCACAACAACAACCCCAAUACAUGCCUCCGUACGGCCCACCGAUGGGCGGUAUCCCAGGCGACGUACUGGACCUGAGCAUGCGAAUGGACGGAAUGUCAAUGGCGUCGACACCAACAAUGGCGCCCUACGGAGACAUGGGACCACCACCGCCAGGCGUCCAACAGUGGAAUCAGCCGACGCCGUUCGCCGGACCACCGCCACCACAACAAGACGAUCUGUAUGGCGAUCCGAUGGGUGGAGGAGGUGGAUAUCAACCACCACAACACCAAAUGCAACAACAGCCACCAUAUGGUCAGCAUCGAAGCGGUGGAGGUGGUAACAAUUACGGGAACAAUAGGAUGAAUCAGAAUAAUCGUGGAUAUCAGCCACGCAACCAGGGAUACAUCCCACCAAUGAUGGUACAGCAGCAGAAUCAAUCGUUCUAUGGCAACCAACAAGGCGCACACUUUAAUCCAUCGCCAUUCUCAAUGGCUAGCGGUGGAGGUGGUUCUCAGACUCCCCAUGAACACCAUAUGGGAGGUGGAGGAGGCCAUAAUGGUAGCUAUGGAGGAAGUCAGGCGGGCGGUCAAAUGGAUGACUAUUCAAUGUGGACUGAUGAGAAUGAUGAGGAGGCCAAGAGGAAGAAGUUGUUGAGAGACAAGGGACUUUUGGCAUGGGGAGAUGCUGACGUCUCGAAUAGUAAGCCAAUCCGUCGUUGGAUAGUUCCAGAAGGGCACGAGGAGGACUUUGAAACUGCCAUGGAACGAUGCCCGAACCAUUUGAAGAAGAAGGCGUUGAACGAGGAGUCGAUUCGUCGUCGUAUGACAUCUGACAAUCCGGCGGUAGUGGCGCAAGCUCAACUGCAAGCCGAAGAAGAGGCCAAUGCGACGAUGAAGAUUGGAAAGCGGCCGAUUAUUCCGACGGGAUGGGGAGACUUGCCAUCGGAUAUUCCUGCGGGGCCCGAGAAGAGUGUGGACUACGAUCAGGGAUCUUCGAAGGGAGGAUGGGACGAUGGAGGUUUCCGUCAUCCGGCGCCAGUUCAACAGCAACAACAGUAUCAACAACAACAGGAUGAUAGCUCUCUUUGGAGCAAUCCGUUGUCUGGUGUGUUUGGUGGUCCAUCGUCCAGCGAGACGCGUAACCCAUUCUUCGCCCAUCACAUGCAACAGUCCGCGCAACAACAGCAACAACAGCAUCAGUACGGUGAUAAUGGUGUGCUUCUGGACACUGGAUCCGUUUGGUCGCCAGUUAUGGAUGGUUCCACAAUGGGACCUCCCUCGAUGAUCGGUGGUAAUGGUGGUAAUAGUGGAGGAGGAGUAGGAGGAGGAGGACCAUCCGCCGCAUCGUCGUCUCUACCCAUGGGUAUGUUGUCGAUGAUGAUGAUGGGCGGCGGCGGUAACGGCGAUAUCGAUCAGUUGAAACUGGCUGAAAAGUUGAAACUAGCGGUCGACAAGGGCCAUUUGGACACGUCGCUGCUCUCAGUUCCCCAUAUUCCGCCCAACGUUCUGGACCUGCUCACCGAAAUUUUGGAGGUUAUUCCUCGGCUGGACGCGCUAGAGGAAGAACUUGAUAAAGUGGGUCGGAACCGUCCUACGAACUCUGAUGGCGAGGGAACGAGCAGUGGCGGCGGCGCACCACCACCGAGUGAUCAGGCAACGUCGUGGAUGACGAAGGACCAAAAGACCGAGCACGAUAAGCGAGUGAUCUCAGUGGUGACGACGAAGAUCGAAGUGACCCAAUUGUCGAGAAAAAUCAACGAAAAACUGGUCGAGUGCGGCAUGUUGCCACCGUCGAUCCUCCAACAACACCAACCCAACAACAACUCUGGAAACGGUGGACCAUCGGGACCAUCAGAUGGACCAAGUGGCAGUGGUGGUGGUGGUGGUGGAGAGUUCAAUGGCAAUGGCACGGCACCACCCGAUCAUUACUAUGACUACUCGUUCCUUGGCUAG